AUGGGCGCAGAUCACGACGGCAUUCGCGCCUCAGACUCCAAAAAGCGCAAGAGGAAUCGCAAAGCGCCACCAGAUCGCAAGUUUGAUUGCCAGCAUGAAGGCUGCGGCAAGAGCUACUCUCGUGCCGAGCAUUUGCAUCGGCAUCAGCUGAACCACACUCCCAAGCAGAUUUAUCGCUGCGACUUUCCAGACUGCUUUCGUUCCUUUGUCCGGCAAGACCUAUGUAUUCGCCACCGCGAGCGCCAUACCACCAAUGGCUCACAGCUGCAGAAGCGCGACAGCUUCGCCCAAACUGCCGGCUCUUUGCAGACCAGUCAUCGAGCGGGGUCCUCCCCGACGCCAUCGGAUUCCGUCCGAGAUGAAACUACACCGGCUUCCAAGCCUGUGUCUCCUUUGCCAAAAAUACGAACAUCGGGAUUAACAAGCCGUAAUUAUAUGGCGUCCUCUACCUCGACGGAGGCUUCGUAUCCGCCGCCUAUGACGCCUCAGGCAGGAUUUUCUAGCGAGCCUGGUAUUCGGCGAUCGGACAGUAGAGGCAGCUAUGCGAUGAGCCCUUCCAAGGCCCAUAGGGCAAUGUACACAUCAGGCACUUACGGCAACGUGCCGUCGACGUCAACAUAUCAAAACACCCCGUUUAGCCCAAGUGACCUGCCGCACAGCCCAAAUGUCGCAAAUGCAGGCGCCUCAUACAUGCCCUCAACAGGGCUAGCCGGUAGCCCUACUCAAUACAUCUCCCAACAAGACAUAUCAAUGUCGAAUCUAGGGUUUUCAAAUUCAAACAUGGCUCAGGAAACAGGCCAAUAUGGAGCUUCUGACAUGCACUCGUUAGACUCCAUGGUUCCCACCUCUGCAGCGGAAAACAGCGUUGGAUUUGAAUCAUCAUAUCCAUACCCGGUCUUUGGCGGCGAAUCAUACAACAGGUCGCCGUUCGCCAUGGGAGAUGAUUUCACUGCUUGGCUUUUCAAUGAGCCUGCCACAGGAUCCCCGGUAAACUAUUCAAAUAUGAUGCCAGGGUACUCUGAUCCAUCCCAGAGCCAAGCUUCGUUUGCAAACAAUGAUCCUGCAUACGGGUCUCUCUACAAUAAUGUGAUUCCGCAGCAUCCCAUGAGUGUCACGAGUAUCCUCGACUCGACCCCGCCAGAGGCAAUGAUGUCGGAGGAAAAACGACAAGAUCUUCUUCAUUUGAUUAGCACGAGGUUCAACGAGACGGCACAUUCGGCGGUGAAUACACGGAAGGAUGCGUUGAUGGAGGGGGAUAUCGAUGCGGACAGUCAUAUACUGAGUCUUCGGAUGAUGCAAACGUAUGUCGGAUCGUACUGGCUCCAUUUCCAUGCGCAGCUCCCAAUCUUACACAAGCCUACGUUCGUCGCAGAUCGCACUCCUACGCUGUUGCUCCUGUCUCUUAUGGCGAUCGGAGCGGCCACUCUCGACAGGGCCCACGGGCCGGCCGUGACCGAGGCCGCCGGCGAUCUAGCCAACUUUUUGGCGUGGCACAUCCGCUGGGAGAUUUUCAUGGAUGUCGAUUUUCGGCCGCCAGCAAAGCUAUGGGUUUUCCAGACGCUGCUUCUUUUGGAGGUGUACGAGAAGAUCUACUCGACCCGGGCACUGCAUGAGCGGGCCCAUAUCCACCACGACACGACGCUGACUCUGAUGCGCCGGGGCAGCUCUUUUCUAGGAAGAUCUGCUUUUGAUUCGCCCGCCAGUCUUCGCGAAUCAAAUAGGUCAACUACCGCGACGUCGGAUGGUGGCGAGCGUGAGGAUUCAUGGUCACAUUGGAUCCAAACUGAAGCCACUCGUCGUGUUGCGUUUGGUGCGUUUGUGAUGGACUCGAUACAUGCGACUAUGUUUGGCCAUUCGGUCAAGAUGGUUGCACACGAACUACGUCUUCCACUGCCGUGCGAUGAGGCCCAGUGGUCUGCAACGAGUGCAGCCGAGGUGUCUCGCAUGCAGGUCGUUUUGCAAUCCAAUGGGGUCAAACCGAUCAUGUUCCUCGAUGGAUUAAAGAAAACGCUGACGGGACAGAAAGUGCGAACAAACGGCUUUGGAAGGACAGUUCUUAUGGCCGGGCUACUGAGUGUCAGCUGGCAUAUGAACCAGCGGGACCUUCAAGUCAGUUCGCUGGGUGUCGCGCAGGCACUCGGAGGCCGAGACAAGUGGCGGUCUUCCUUGCUGCGCGCGUUUGACAAUUGGAAGCGAGACUUUGACGAGACACUGGCGGAUUCAAUUCAACACCGCGGCUAUCGGAAUUUCUUGGGCCCCCAGUUUCAUAUGGACGAAGAAGACACAUUCGAGUCGAGGACGGUGCUACACCAUUUGGCUCACAUGGCGUCCCAUGUCGAUAUCGUUGACUGCCAGGUUUUUGGUGGAGCAGGCCGACUUCUUGGGCGAUCAAUAACACCCAAGGACUACAAGACUGCUCGCGAGAAGAUGACAGAGCGAUGGGCCACCAAAGCGUCUGCCCGAGAUGCAACUUUUUAUGCUCUAAAAUUCCUCUGCCAGGUCUUGCUCCCUUCCAACACUCGCCUCGGUCCGAAUGGCCAGUCCUUCGCCAAAGGAGCAGGGUAUUCCGCCCGAGAAGACUUUUUGCUCCAUCGAUCGUGGGUAGUCUACUUCGCCGCGCUUGUCGUGUGGUCGUAUGGAUACGCAUUAGAAGGGCCGAUCCCAUCUCCGCCGGAGUUGGCUACAGUCGGCGCUCAAAUACAGGAUAUGCAGAGGUUUCUUCAAACUAUCGGAGCCGUCCGCGAGCCUAGUGAUCUGGAGCAUGUCACGGGCCGCAACCAGUGUUUGGGCUUGCUUUUGCAUCUUCAGGCGAGCUUCCGCGAUACCCGGUGGGAGUUACUGCAUGAAGCGGGGUUUUUGUUGGAACGCUGUAUUGAGAAGUUGAAAACGCCGAUGCCAAGGGGUACUUAUUAA